AUGUGCAUGAGUAGGGAGAGCACUAAUAGAAAGAUCAAAGAGGCUGCAAAAUACUACCAGAAGAAAUUCAAGUCAUGGAGAGCUUCCAUAGAAAUGGCAAGAAACACACCAACCUCAGAGUCCUCAAUUUCAUCUCAAAAUCAACAACAGGGUUCAGCUGUUUCUCAGACUCAUAUAACUAUUCCUUAUGAAAAGAGAGUGACGAUGAAUGGCCCUCGCGAUCAAGUUUAUUUCAGUGUUGAUCCUAGCAGUGCUUUAUCAGUAUCAGAGUACACUGAUAGCUGCAGUGAUUCAUCAGAAAUAUCGUUAUCUGAGGCAGAAGAAGGGGAAACAGUCAUGAUGGAAAACCUGGAGAUAACUUCAGACAGCAGCAGUGAUUUGCCCAUUGAUUAUGGAUUAAAUGGAGACAACCUUGACUGGCAGAGAAGGCCAUCCAUCUAUUCUUCACACAUGGGCACUGAGUCUAUCCAUUGGUUUAAUGUGCUCUGUUACAAGAACAGAGUUAGCUGCUGGGAUUUGGAUGAUAGUAAGCCAAUAAGACCUGUCCUGGAUUUACCUAAUUCAAGCUUCCUUCCCUCACUCGAGGAACAUUCAAAUCUACGUGCAGACUACAUUAUUUUGGUGUUGCGUAUUCUGGUUAAACACUGCAACUACUUUAAACAGUUUUCAAGACUUGUUCCAGGUCAUAUCCCUCACCAAUUCAGCAAGGAGAUGAGAAAAGAAACUCACGUAAUGCACCUUGGCCUCCUUGAGAAGAAUGAAAACAAAAGCCAUGAAAUGUUUGAAAUCUUACAGCACUGCAACAUGGAAUAUGUGCCAAAGACCAAAGAGACCAAUACAGAUAACCACUACAAGAUCCUCCACAAAGUCGCAUUUGGUGGUGACCAUUUAACAGUUGAACGUGGUAUUAGUGCCACUGCAGCAGUUUCUGACUCAGACACCCCUUUUGAAAGGCUUGAAGGACUUAUCUUGAAGCAUGAGGACUUUCAUUGUGAAAUGAAUGUGCUCCAGGUUGGUUUUUAUUGCAGUAACCUUUUCCAGCUUUAUUAUUAA